CGAAAAACUAUCAGUCUUAUUCUAUCACUUGUGCGAAAAACAUUCUUAAAAAAUUAUGAAGUCAAUCUUUGUUGUUGUUUUGCUAGCAGCUUUUGCUGCUUCAAGUGUUUUGGCUGGACUUACAGCAGAACAAGCCAUGGAAUAUAUGACCGGUUGCAAAAAAGACUUGAACAUAAGUGACGCAGAUCUUGCUCAGUUAGGAGAGGCCAAGACAUUCGAUGAAGUGAAUGAGAAUUCUAAAUGUUUCUUUAAUUGCUUCCAAACUAGGGAAGGUACACUUAUCGAUGGUGUUCUCCAAGAAGAUAAGGUUAUUGAAUUGUUUGAGAGCAGUGUUGGCGAGAAGAGGGCUAGGGAAGUCUUUGAAAUCUGCCGCAAACAAAAAGGAGCCGAAAAGUGCGAAACUGCAUUUUUAUUGCAAAAUUGUUACAGAGAAAAUGGUAUUUUUUAAGAAAUUAACUUAUAAUUUCUUAAUUACAAGAAAAGUUUAGGGAUGUACGAAAGUUGCUCUCUGGAAACUUAACUA